UCGGAGGGAAGCCGGCUGCGUGUGUGGCUCGGAGAUGGGUGUGUAUUUGACGGAGACGCGAAAAGGGAGGGGGCACUGUAGAGAGAGAGAGGAGUGAGAGAGUUGUGUAAAAAAGGGGCUGAAGUCCUGCGAAGCUGCGAUCUCUCUCCCCGGCAGACUACGUGCCAAAGUGCGCUCUCCAGAACGCCUUUAAAAUACCUUCUCCAAAGCGCGUGUAGGCGAAGAUGUGAAGAAAAACCCGGCUGAGAGUGAGUGAGUGAGAGAGAGAGCGAGCAGAGAAGAGAGCGGUGGGCGAGGCUCCGCGAACUCCUCUGGAUCCAGUGGCCGAGAGGAGCGACCCAGCCCGCGGUCAAGGUGGGGCACUCGUACGGUUAGUGUCGGUCUCUGCGUGGUUGUGCUGGCUCUUUGCUGUUCUUAUCAAGUGUGAUUUAGCGUGUACCGACUGGAUGACCUACUUCGCUGAAAUGACUCUACCUGAAGCUGAAGACGACGUGCAACUGGACACGGUUGAUCCAAAAUGGUGGACACACAGCGGUUCUUCACUGGCGAGCUUUAUGUUGGUGUACACAUGCUAAAGCUGCCAGCUGAAGAACUGCUCUGGUCUGCCCUGCCCACUGACAAGAACAUGAUGACCAUGAGAAGAAGAGAAAGAACUACAACAUAUAUGAUCAUUGUAUUUACAUUAUAUUGCAUAGAUUUUUAUGGAAAAUAGUCCUGCAAAUAUAAUUAAAAUAAUACUGAAUACAAAUUUGAGUGGUUUCAAUUAGAAAACUGCAUAUGCUACAAUUAUUAAAGAAAUGUAACUGAAAGACUAAAUGGUGACAUUUAUCCACCUUCAAGGCAUGCAAAACACUUCAAGGGACCACUCACAUUCAUACACCAGUGUACGCAGACACUGGGGUUAAGGUGGGUUAAGUGUCUUGCCCAAGGACACAACAACAGCAUUCAUCUGGAAUCACCAACCUGUGUGUCAGUGGACCUGACCACUCUAUCACCGAUGUGCCAGUGCCAAUGUGUUUAUGUCGAGAGUGGGACUGGAGCUGCCAGCCUUCGGAUCAGUGGCCAAACAUCAUACCAACUGAGCUACUGCCGGCUAAAUAUUCUAUCCCCAUGAUUUAUGUAUAACUGCUGACAUGGUAGUUUAGGCCUGUUUAAAAAUGUUCUGAAAUGUAUGUGAGUUGUGUUAGUAGAUAGAUUAGUACUGAAUUUUAAAAGUGGCCUACAAACUAUUUUCUGAUGGGGGUCCAUCACCUGCUUGUUUCUAUUGAGAUGUUAUUGCUUUUCAACAGCAAAUCACAAUCACAACUUUGUUUGUUUACUUGUAACUGUGGUCUAAUCCAUGACAACAGUAAUGCGGGUAAAUUACUCUACCACAAAUUCUUAAAUAAUUCAAGCUAUUGGCAUCACAUUUCUUAAAUAAUGAUUGUAUUGAUCCUCACCAUGACAAAGCAUCUCACCCUCAUGUUUAUGGUAGAUAAACUGCCCCUGCUGAAUAAAAACAGUUCAAUCGGUAGUUUUGUGUUUGCAUUAUUCAACAGAUAGACAUUUUUAUUGUUAUAGAUUGAAGGUCUAUAGUUUAUGCUUAUUUGUAAAGGCUAUAGAUCUCUAUAGCCUUUACAAAGAAUUAUUCAGGAUUAUUCAGUUAAGCAUUAAUUGUGGUAAUUUAGAUAAAUGAAUAGAUAGUAAUGAAAUUAUUUGACACUUGAACUUUACUUAAUUGUUAAUAGUUUGAUUUGAUGAUGCUGCACACCAUAAACAAUGUGGUCGCUACAUUUUAUAGUGUAAUAGUGACAUCUCUAGUAAAAGCUCAGCUGUGAGUUAGUGGCCUGUUCUGACCUGUUCUUGCGAGACUAUGAGAGGCAGAAACAGACCACCAAAUACACUCACAUUCAUUCAGCACACUAUGAACAAGUUGGAAUCAUGUGGAUGUUGUUACAUUAUCACAAGUCUUUAGGUCUUAAGUUUGCACAGGAUUGUAGUUUCAACUGCAAAAAGGUUAAACUUAUGAGUACUUUUUCUUAAUCAAUUUCUGUUUGUCCAGCUUCUGAUAAAAGAGAACUCUCAAUCUCAUAGACAUGUAAAACAUUAAUGGAAAUCUGUAACCAAUUUAUUUUCAAAUCAAAAUAACACCCAAAAUGUUAAAUCAACCAUUCUGAGAAGAAUCUGGACCAGAUGGUACCCCAAACCCACAAAUAUAAAAAUAAUCCAAAGAUUUAAAAAAAAUUACUAGAAAUUUUAUAUAUCUACCUGGAUUUUUUUUUUUUUUUUUUUUUUUGAUUAUUACAAUCAGAGUACAGAGUACAGAGUGCAAAGUACAGUUAGAUGACAGCAGGGGUCAAAAGUACAGAGCUUCAGCUUCACAAAGACUCCAGCCAUUUGGCUGUGCUCCAAAGGGUUCAGAAAUAGAUUCUGUUUGAAUUGCGAGUCAUCAAUAAGGCCAUAUACUGUCAAUAUUCAUAUUCUAUAAAAGCCUAUUUUAAGGCUCAUUCUACCACAUUUAACAUAAGUAAUCCCAGUGAUUAUGUUACCAAUUUCCUUCCCCGAGACAUUCAUUUUACACAGUUAUUGGCAGUUCCUAAAACGCCCAGAAGACGGCAGCAUAACUGAAGAACAGUCACUAACGUCGCCUGUAACAGGUUUGCAACUGAGUGGAGAUCAUUGAAAGGUACGCCGCAAAUGAAUAUCAAGAUCAAAAUACGAAUUUAGGCUGACCUGAAUCCUCUUUACUAUAGUUAUACGUUUAACGAAAUCAACAACAACAACAAAAAUCACCAAAAAAUAGCGUGACUAAACUUCAUGAAGUUUUAAAUCUUAAUGGAGUUUCUGGUGCAAUAAAUGCAGUGGUGCAGCCCUGAGUCAGCGGUGUACGCCUCUCAGAGUGUGUGGUCCAAGUUUAACAGUGAUGUGUUCACCCCUCCCCUCUAUCUCUCCUGUAGAUGCUGAUCCAGCCGAUGCCGCCGCGCGUAAAUGGAAAGCUUUUACGCACCGCGCGUUCACCCCAAAAGCGCUUUAAUCGUGUGGGAAUUUUUGCACUGUCACACGACUUGCGUGGUGCCUAAGUAGACUCUAGACACUGUUGUGUGGGGAUGAGAGGGGUGCGCUAAUUCCUUGCUACAGGAGGCACAGGGAGGCGUGCGUCCGGACGGUAAAAGCGAGAGCGAUUCAACGGCAAUCUAAUUCCAUUCAGUGAUGAAGGCUUAUAUGGACUAAAAUUCAAAACAAUCUUGAACAUUUUGGAUUGACAGGGUCUCUCUUCAGACGAUUAUCCUAAUGGAAAACAACUAAAACCAGAGUUUACUUUUACACAGAAGAAGCGUGCAACACGCCUAUCGCACUUUUAACCGUCAGUGAUGGCCAUCAACACUGACGCCACUUUUAAGAAGAGCGCCCUGGGGGAGCGCGAGGCAUCCAACCCCAACGAAUUCCAGGACACCGAGAAGUUACUGAGUGCCGGGACGACGGAGCCCACGGGGGAAAGCAAUCUCAAAGAAUCAGACUCGUUCUCGCUCAACAUCCGCGGCAGCGUGCGCUCCUUGGAUGCGGACCAAAAUGGGUACCGAUCGCCUCUAAAGUCUGGAUCAGUGGGACAGCUGGCGGCCCCACCCAAGUCCACAUCCCGAGUGAGCCUCGGCCCUCUUCCCUCCCCGGUGCCACCUGGGCCCCCCCCCUCCAGCUACUUGUGGCUGGCUGUGCUAUCCUGCCUCUGCCCCGGGGUCCCAUUCAACAUCUGUGCGCUGUGGUACGCCAGUGUGUCCAAGUCGGUACUGCUCACUGGAGACGUCGCGGCCGCGCGGAAGUACGGGCGUCGGUCGAUGCUGUUGAGCUGCCUGGCCAUCCUGCUGGGUGUGGCAGUCAUCAUCUUCAUCGUGGUCGGAUUAGAGUAUCAACAUUCAUCCAAGUAACAGCCUGGCAUGAGCGGAUUCAUGUUGUUUUUGAAAAAGCACAAAGAAACCAAAGACUUUACCGUUCCUCAUGUGGACACCAGUCUGUUAAUUUCCCUCAAACCUACCGUGGGAGGUUAAGUAUGGACCGGGUGCCAUUUUGAAGGUCGUGUGGUGCAUUGAAAAAUAUGAAUGAACGCAUUGCAAGAAAAACAUAGCCUAUUCCUGUCAAGAUGUGUUCCUGUCAGGAACUGCGGUGGAUGUAGAGGCCAUCACAAAAAUAAGAAAGUUUAAAUCCACCAAACUAAUUGACAAGGGUCACAGUUUCAGUCCAGAGUGGUUAAAUAUUGGCUUCCCACCCUCCAAAAACAUGCAUGUGAUAGUGUACAAAAAUGCGACUAACUGUUUACAACUGAAGGUGAGAGUGAAGAGCUUUUGUAUCUGUGUCAAACCUUGGACUAACUGUUCACUGACCGAGCCACAUAUGUUGGAUCGCUUUCAACAACUCAUUUUCACAUUUUCCUUUAGAUAGUUAAAAUUGCAUAGUUGCAUAGUAAAACUCAACUCAAACUCAAUAAUAAUAAGUUUAAAGGUGUGCUGUGUAACUUUUCUGGUGACUGAUUCACCACCUGUUUGUCUUCAUGGAGAUGUUAUUGCUUUGCUUCACAGAUUUGACCUUUAACUUGGCCUGGCGGGGUCAGCCACUGGUCUCCAUGGAUUUGCAUGCAGAUUUGCUUUAUGGUGUAUAGUUGAAUAUUCCAGACAAAAUAAUAAUAUCUUCAUGGUGACAAGCAAAUGGCGGCUCCUCCACCAGAAGAGUUACAAAGUGCACCUGUACAUUACUUUCAUAGAAAUUACAGAUCAUGAUGAAUAAUAAAAAAUCACUGUAUGUAUUUUUCAUUUUGUGCUUCAUUUAGACACUAAACAGACUGUAGUGCUUGACUGAACUGAGCCUUGUGUCUGAAUAUUCUGCUAUUUAAAUGAAUUGGGCUGUUUACUGUAUGCACUGGUCUUGGCACUCCAUCUCAUGUUUCUACAUUUAUACUGUGCGAUUGUGCCAUAGGUUUUGCAUGUUGCAAAUAAAGUCCUGAAUGAGCAUGACCCA